GAAGUGUAAUGCAUUGUGGGACGUGUGUAAAAUUGGAUCAUUCGAGGGGGAAAAAAAAAAAAAAGGAAGGGACCUGCGGCUGGCGCCCUAGAAGAGGGAGCGGCGAGAUGCGCACAGGUUGCGCCCCGGCGGUGCCCGCUCUAGGCUGAUGCCCGGCAGCGCGCACCCCUGACCCAUGCUGCGGCGGGCGGAGUAGGCUCGGGCAUCCUCAGGAUGAAGAAGACGCGGAGUACGACCUUGCGGCGGGCCUGGCCUAGCUCCGACUUCUCCGACCGGGCCUCAGACCGCAUGAGGUCCCGCAGCGAGAAGGACUACCGACUGCACAAGCACUUCCCCCCAGCUUUUAUUUCCCAGGCAUCACGGGGCUACAUGACAUCAGGUGAUGUAUCACCCAUCAGCAUGUCUCCCAUCACUCAGUCACAGUUUAUUCCGCUUGGGGAAAUCCUUUGCCUGGCCAUCUCAGCAAUGAACUCUGCCCGAAAACAAGUCACACAAGAAGCACUAAUGGAACACCUAACCACCUGCUUCCCAGGAGUUCCAACACCCAGUCCAGAAAUCCUUCGGCAUACUUUGAAUAUGCUUGUACGGGAGAGGAAAAUAUACCCAACUCCAGAUGGUUAUUUCAUUGUAACCCCACAGACUUACUUUAUAACACCAUCUCUCAUAAGAACUAACAGUAAAUGGUACCAUUUGGAUGAGAGGAUACCUGACAGGUCUCAAUGUACCUCUCCACAACAAGGAACUCUAACUCCCUCCACCUCGGGAUGUGUCAGGGACCGAACACUACCCAAAAACCACUGCGACUCCUGCCAUUGUUGCAGAGAAGACAUGCACAGCAUGCAUGCAUCUACCCUACAGAGGAAAUCAGCAAAAGACUGUAAAGACUCAUACUGUCCUCCUUCAUUAUGUCAGGUCCCACCUACUGAGAAAAGUAAAAGUACUGUCAAUUUUUCAUAUAAAUCAGAGACACUCACAAAGCCUAAGGAUGUAGAAAAGCAGUCUAAGAAAUUUGGACUCAAAUUAUUCCGAUUAAGUUUUAAGAAGGAUAAGACCAAACAGUUGGCAAAUUUCUCUGCCCAGUUUCCUCCGGAAGAGUGGCCGCUAAGGGAUGAGGACACCCCUACCACUAUACCUAGAGAGGUAGAAAUGGAGAUUAUUAGGCGCAUUAACCCAGACUUGACUGUGGAAAAUGUCAUGAGACACACUGCACUAAUGAAGAAACUUGAAGAAGAAAAAGCUCAACGAAGCAAAGCAGGGUCUUCAGCUCACCACAGUGGACGAAGUAAAAAGAGCAGGAAUCACAGAAAGUCUCAUGGGAAAUCGAGGUCGCACAGCAAGACCCGGGUGUCCAAAGGAGACCCAUCCGAUGGCUCUCAUUUGGAUAUGCCUGCUGAAAGGGAGUAUGAGUUCUAUGAUCCCUUGACUCGAUCCCCACGGGAAGGCUGUUUUAUAAUAGAGCACAAGGGAGAUAAUUAUAUAAUGCACAGCAAUCCGAACAUGAUUGAAUCUCACUUUCCCAUGACACCAGAGUGGGAUGUGUCUGGUGAACUGGCCAAAAGAAGAACUGAAAUGCCUUUCCCUGAACCUUCCAGGGGAAGCUCCCACUCCAAGGUCCAUCGGAGUCACAGCCAUACACAGGAUAGAAGAUCAAGGAAUGAGCGGUCCAGUAAGGCUAAAGAAAGGUCUAGAUCCAUGGAUAACUCCAAGGGACCUCUAGGCUCAGCAACUUUAGGCACACCUGAAGAUAUAGGUGAAGGCUGUAGCCCAGAUGACCAAACAACUAGCCAAACCUACAUUGAUGAUAGUACCUUAAGGCCAUCUCAGUCACUCAGUCAUCAAAGGGCUCUGAUUUCAUCUGCAACCUACAAAGAGACUUGCAUCCCUGAAAUAGCUGGGGGCAGUGUAGAAACCCCCAGUUCUUGUAGCCUAUUGGAACAAGGCAAGCCUACAGAGAAUUUACCAUCAUAUAGUGAGCUCAACUCCUGCACAACAAAAUCUGCAGUUGAUGACUAUUUUCAGUGCAACACAUCCAGUGAGACUGUGCUUACUGCUCCAUCACCACUGGGAAAGAAUAAAGAGGAUCAUGAUACACUAACAGGGACAGAUGGGCUAAAAAAAAUGACUCCCACAGAAAGACAGUCUCAACAUAUUGCUAGGGAGUCUGGGGUGCACAAGGAGGAGUCCCCAAAGGGCCCAAGCAGUGGUUCAGUGCCUGCUGGCCAGACUCCAGAGGUGAUUGCUAAUGGACGGCUGGUUCAACACCAUAGCACUGAAUCAAGCAGCCUUGAUAAAAGGAAAGAAAUAUUUAGCAAGGAUACACUCUUUAAGCCUCUGCACAACACUCUUUCUGUGAAUAGUUAUCAUAAGUCUAACACACCUCUGCUAAAGCCCCAUCAAAAGCCCCCCUCUGACACAUUGCCCGUCAGAUGUGAGAAACUUGAACAAGCGAUGGUAACCUCAGUCACACAAGUCAUGCCUGUUUCUCAGAGACAGCAAGAGACAGCCGGGAACCAGGAGGCCUCCUUUGACUACUACAACGUAUCUGAUGAUGAUGACUCGGAGGAAGGAACCAACAAAAAUGCCGAAGAAGAAAAGAACAGGGAUGAUGUUGGUACAAUGCAAUGGCUCCUAGAGAGAGAAAAGGAAAGGGAUCUACAGCGAAAGUUUGAAAAGAAUCUUACUCUUCUCACCCCAAAGGAAACAGAAAAUAGCAACAACCAGAGAGCCACCCACUCAGCCCGCCUGGACAGCAUGGACAGCAGCAGUAUUACUGUGGACAGCGGGUUCAACUCUCCACGUACUCGUGAGAGCCUGGCAUCCAACACUUCAAGUAUUGUUGAAAGCAACAGACGUCAGAACCCCGCUCUGAGCCCUGCACAUGGUGGCGCGGGCCCAACGUUCACCUUCCGAGCCACUGCAGACCCACCCACGAGUGAAGCUGAGAAACUGCAGAAACCUGGUAACUGCCUGCAAGCUUCUGUCACUAGUGUCUGA